AUGGCUCGACUACUCAACUUGGUCACCCUGCUGUUUUUCGUCAUAUUUCAAGCCACCUGUUUCAAUGUUCAGUGAGUUUCAGCCUGAAAUUCCAGAAAAUCUUCAAAAAAAAAACAUUUUCAGAGGUGCAAAUCGUCUGAAGAAAUGGUAUAGUUGGGGAAACGAGAUCGAGGUGGCGAAAAAAUGGUGAGAGAACAUUUUUUGCAAGUGCGCCCCAUUGAGAAUCCUAUGUCUUUCCAAAAUUCAAACUUCCUUAUUUCAAAAAAAAUUAAAGUUCUCCACACACACAAAAAGUAUAUUUUUGCUCUCUAUGGAACUCAUGAAUUAUUGAUUUUCAUUAUUAAGAUUACUUUUUCCAACUCCUUUUCUUCUUUAGGUAUGACUGGCAAGAUAUUCCCACAUUACAACAACAACAUCAGAAACGACAGAAUUUCAAUCCUGAUUUCUCGAUUUUCAGUUGA